UUAGGACUAUAAUGUCCCUAAACUUGAAAAUUCAAGAUGGCGUCGAAUGCCUAGUUUGUGCACGAUUGAUGUAAUUGAUAUUUUGUAGUUUGCGUUCCAAAACGUAGCUAAAUGCAAGGAACUCUGGCGAUUUCUUAAACUUUUUUGAUGGUUCUAUACUUAUAUCCUCGAUUUGAUGCAGACUUUAUGGAGGUGAAAGGGUUCCCAUUCCUCGCCACACUAGGAUUUUAUUUCGGCUAGGCCGCUGCCUGUUGGCAUCUCUUUCUUCUUUUACAUCAGCAUUUGCUACUACUAUCCAUGUCAGAACCUGAGACAGUAAAGUUGGAGAAUACAGUUGAAGAAGCAGGGACUCAGUUGUCAGUUGACACCAUUGAGUCUUCUGUGGCUGCAGAUAUCAACUCGGACAACAGUCAGUCGUCCACGAGUGUUCCGCCGGACAUCACUCAAGCAGAGACCUACUCGUUAGAUGACCCCUACACCAGUGAUCCUCCUGACCUCAAUCCAGAGGAGGAUACAAACCUUCCCACAAAGGUCAUCAAGAAAGAAGGGGAAUAUCUGACCCUACCAACCUAUGAAGCUGCAGAGCUGAGUGACUCAAGUGGCCCACCAGAUAUUACUAGUGCUGCCUAUGAAAAAACUGAAGAAGUGGAAGAUAUCGAGAUUAAGGAUUACUCCUAUGUGGACUCGCCCAACUCACCUGCUCCUUUACUGACGAGUCUGGAAGAGCAGGGAGAGUUUACAGACUUCCCCACAGAACUUCCGGAAGACCCCCAGAAUAUCUUCCCAGACACUGACCCUCCCCCUGACCUUCUUCACCAGGAAGACCUGACCCCCACAGAAGGUUAUCUAGGCUCUUCUUUUCCAGAGUCCAGUCUAUCAGAGUCUCUGCUUGCUGUCGCUCCUGGGGACAUAUUGCCUGUUGUGUCCCUUCCUCAGAUUAAUCCUAACUUUUUUCAGCAAAAUUUAAGUCCAACAUUAGCACAGAAUAUCAAGAGAGGACCAGGCAGACCAAGGAAAGAUGGCCAAGAGCCUGCACCACGACGAAGGUCAUCUAGCAAGCCAUUAGCCAAAUCAAUAGUCACUAAAGCUCAGAGGAUUCUACACAAUAGUGCAGGCAUCAGUAGGAAGUUCUUCCCAUCCGCUGAACAGAUGGAUUCUGGGAGUCAAAGUUCACUGUCCCAGUCUGAGUUAACGAUGACCAUUGAUACUGGGGAAGACACCACUCAGUACGAAAUGGAGGAAGAAAUGCUAAUUGGGGUGUCGGAAAGCUUGGAUGAAACAAGUUUGGAGUCACAACUGCCAGUACGUGUCUGCAGUUUCUGUAACUGUGGGGAGAGGAGUUUGCUGGGACAGGGUGAUAUCUUCCGAUUCGAGCCCACUCAAGGCUUCAACUUCAGAAAAACCCUGGCUAAGAAUGACAAGAAACCUGCUGAUUUUGAUGAGAGAAACCAAGAAAAGGAAGGUACCACCAAACCAUUGACUUGGAGAAGAAACAGGGGUCCUAUUAAAGGAGUCGGUGAAAGAGAAAGAGAAAAGAGUCAUUCACCCAGGCGAACAGGAAAUGAAGAAGACCAAAACAUUCUGUUAGGGGAUGAGUUGACCUUUUUAGGUUUCCCAGAAGACGUAGAAGCAAUGCAAGUUUUUGAACCAACAGGUCAUGUGUGGGCACAUAAUCGUUGUGCGGCCUGGUCAGAAGGCGUGACUGCAGGUGUAGAUGGAAGUCUCCUGUCUGUCGACCAAGCCGUCUUUAAUGGACUUUCUCAGAAAUGCAGUUACUGCCGGCGUUAUGGUGCCACUAUUACGUGUAUUUAUCCUGAGUGUAGUAAGAAAUAUCACUAUCCUUGUGCUGCUGCCGGGGCUUGUUUUCAGGACAAAAAGAAGCUGGCCAUUCUGUGUCCCGAUCACUCGGAUCAAGCCGAGACAAUUGCUGGAGAGGAGGCGUUUUGUGUGCUCUGUUGCCAGGCGGACAAGAUCGGUAAACAGCUGUUCUGUACGUCCUGUGGACACCACUAUCAUGGUGCCUGCCUCCACCCUUCAGUCGCCCUCUCACCUGAGGUACGGGCAGGCUGGCAGUGUCCUGACUGUAAGGUGUGCCAGAUGUGCAGACAACCAGGAGAAGACAGUAAGAUGCUGGUCUGUGACACAUGUGACAAGGGUUACCACACCUUCUGUCUGAAGCCGGUCAUGACAGCCAUCCCAAAGAAUGGCUGGAAAUGCAAGAAUUGCCGAGUGUGUGGCGAUUGUGGAUCCAGAACUCCUGGGAGUGGUCCUAGUUCUCGCUGGCAUCUGAACUACUCUGUGUGUGACAGCUGUUACCAGCAGAGGAACAAGGGCCUGUCCUGCCCACUGUGUGGGAAGGCCUAUCGACAGUUCACGCAGAAGGCUAUGAUACAGUGUGGCACCUGCAAGAAGCAUGUGCAUGCAGAGUGUGACGACGCCAUUGACAACCUGAUGCUUGAUCGGGUCAGGAACGAGGAACAGGUGGACUACAUGUGCUCUGUGUGUCGCAACAGAGACCCCGAGUUGGACACAGUGUUUCCUCCUUUCAAUUUCUCCCAUGAGGAACCCAGUAAUGACAUGCAUGUGUUCGACAUCAAAGAUUCUGACAUGGAGAAUGCUUCUUCCAAUAUGGACGAGAGUUGCAGCUCCUUUCUUCUUAACGAAGACUCCAUUUCUAGCAUGGAUAUUGACAUCAAUGCUUUAGAAAAGUUCUCAAGCCCCCCUCACAUCCACCCCCAUGGUGAAGGGUGUGGCAUUGGAAGCAAGGGGGGGAAACUCAAUGCUAUGAGCCGCAAAAAGAUUGGGGUGUCCUCUUCAAGCUCCAGCAGAUCAAGGGGAAGACCUGUGGCUCCUGAGAAGAAAAAGAAGCCUCCUCCAUCCUACAGUGAAGGCAAACGGGGAUCCAAGACAAAAAUGAAAUCCAACCAGCCUGGAGCUCAAGCACAAAUAUCUCCAGCACAACCUGGGGAACCCCUGAAGAAGAGCCAGUUCCCUACUGAGGAUGACGACGACGGAGACGACCACCCCCAGACCAUUAUACUGUCCAACGCUCAGGACAAGUUUGUGUUGGAUCAGGAUGUGUGUAAGAGCUGUGGCAGCUUUGGUCGGGGGGAGGAGGGAAAGCUGAUUGUGUGUACCCAGUGUGGUCAGUGCUACCACCCCUACUGUGCCAGUGUCAAGGUGACCAAGGUGAUUCUGUCAAAGGGCUGGCGCUGCCUGGACUGUACCGUCUGUGAGGGCUGUGGGAAACCCCACGACGAGGGGAGACUACUGCUGUGUGACGAGUGUGACAUCAGCUACCACAUCUACUGCCUGGAUCCACCCCUCGACCAGGUCCCCAAAGGAACUUGGAAGUGUAAAUGGUGUGUGAUGUGUAUAAACUGUGGAACCACCACCCCUGGGUUUGGGUGUAACUGGCAGAACAACUACACCCAGUGUGGCCCGUGCCGCAGUAAGAUAGACUGCCCAGUGUGUCGGCACAAGUACCAGGAUGACGAGAUGAUUAUUCAGUGUCUGCAGUGUAACCGCUGGCUACAUGCGCUGUGUGACGGUCUACGAUCGGAGGAUGACAUGGAGCGAGCAGCCGAUUAUGACUAUCAGUGUCUGUUUUGUAGACCAAAGACUGGCAAGGAUGGACCACUGCCCCCUCCUCCACCCCCACCCACACCACCCCCUAUUGAGAUGGAGGAGCCCCCCACCCCACCCUUCUACAGAGAACCAGUGGAGAGUUUGAGCAGCUACUUUUCCAAGCUACCACCAGUCUAUUUUCCUCUGGAGCCAAUUCCACAGAAGCGUUACUUGAUGGAUGGAGUCUAUUUAUCAGAGACAGGGGUCCAACACAUGCAGGAAAUCACCAUUCAGAUCCCCAAAGUCAAACGACAGAGACGCAACAACAAACGACUGUCUGUUGACAUGUUGCCAGGGCAACGCCUAGCAACCCAGAUGUCCACUGAGGGGGAUGAGGAGAAAGAUGGUAUGGACGAGAGCAGUGAGUUGUCUACCCCUGUGACAGCUGAAGCCCGAGGGGAGGGUGACCCCCUCCUGCUGAGCCCCACCAGUCAGGCUCCCUCAGGGAUCCCAGCCGAGGGUGAGAAAAAGGAGAGAAAGAAGAGGACCACCAUUGGUCUAGGUGUGGGAGGAUUCAUUGCUAAAGCACGAUCAAGGCAGACCAAUGUGAAAAGACAGAUGUCAGAGGUCUCUGCUGAAAUGGCUGAUGGACAGCCACGACCUGAAGGUGAAGAUGGAGAGCCUGUCCCUCUGUUAGUGGAAGGGGAAGUGAAGAAACAGAGGAAACGCCAAGCUCGCAAGAAAAGUCAACUCGAAAACAGUUUUCCCAAUUAUUUACAGGAAGCUUUCUUUGGAAAAGAUAUCCUUGACAAAAGCAAAGCCAAGGUCAAACAAGGUCACCGAGCCGACUCGGACUCGGAUACAGAAUCCAGGGCCUCUACCCCCAACCUGCCCAAGGACAUCCCCCAGCCCUCACUGUUCCCUGAACUGAGCCAAAGCAACACUAAGCUACCCUCCACCCUCCCCUCUGUGGGAACCUCGCAGUCAGUCCUCUCCUCGGGGGCGUCAAUGGUCCCCAGCUUCCCAGGCACUGGGGACGAAAUCAACCCUAUAGGGGAUGUCCUGCCAGACCUCGAGCUGCCACAUGAUGAUAUAUUUAGCAUUUUCAAAGAAGGAGAGUUGCCCAUGUCUGAAGAGCAGCCAACAUCCAGUCAGGCAGGCGCAUCGGGAAGCGGGGAGCUCCCCGACAUCCUGUCAAUUGAGAACAUCGACGUUGACCUACUUCCUGAGCAUGCUGAAGAUCUGCCCCCGAUCAAUGGUCAAGAAGUUGAUGAUAUAUUUAAUGGAGUAUUACCGCCUGAGGAAGAUCCUAGUCAAGCUGCCCACGGAGGUGGUCCCCAGUUCCCCAUGGCUGGCUCUGUCCCACGACUACCACCCCACAUGCCACCACACCCAGGACAGAUGCCCCCGGGAAUGCCCCAGCUUCCUUAUGGACCAGACUUCAGGGGUAUGGGUGGUGACCAGCCCCCCUGGCAGCAGGUGGCUACAGAGGAAGAAGGUGGGGGAUCCACUUCCAGCCGACGUAACAUGUUGAAGUGGGAGUGUGAUGAGGACCUAGGAGAGAGUGCCACCAUUUCAGCGGUGCUGUACUGCAAUCUCCGCCACCCUGAGUUCAAACAGCAGUACCCAGAUUGGUCUGAGAGAGUCAAGAAGAUUGCCAAAGCUUGGAGAGAAUUAUCCUCUGAUGAAAAACAACCUUUUUUGACACAGGCACGCAAAAACAGAGCCAAUAUAAAGACACAGGAUGGAAAGAAGCCAAAGACUAAGGUUCCAUCUAUGCCUAUGGGGCCUCCCUUACCCCCAGGGCCACAGGGACAAAUGCCUUACCCCCCACCAGCAGCUGCUGACAACCUAGGGUCACCAGUCGUCCUGAGUCCCUCCAACAGAGUACCAAGUAACCCUUCAAUGGUGACCACACCAGAAGGUCACUCCCCUGGACAGAUGCCUGGUAGUUUACCAGAGAGCCCCCUGAGUCACCCCGGAACCCCACAGGAUCCUAGAAUGAUGGUGGGUCAUGGUGACCCUUACAACCCAGUGAUGGUACACCCUGGAAUGCGACAUCCUCAAGGUGGGCCCCAGAGGCCACCCAUGGCACGCAAUCCCUCGGGUGGAAUGGAUCCAUACAGUCAAGAUCCCUAUGCCAAGCCUCCCUCUACCCCACAGACUCCUCAGAAGUCUCCGUCCAAAAUCCAGUGGCCUGGUCAGGCUCAGGAGUCAGAUCCCUAUGAGAAUCCCCCAGCUACUCCUGCUGAAGGCAUGAGCUCUGGCCAUCCAGGUCACCCAUAUGAUCCAUAUGCCCACCCCCCACAUACGACAAGGCCAGGGAUGGUCCCCCCACAAGGAAUCCAUAGGCCUCCAUUUACCCGCCAGUCCUCUGUACCAGCCACCCAGACCUCUCACAGUGAUGACCCAUAUGCCUUCCCUCCCCACACACCUGGUCCAAGACCGGGAGGAGACGGUCAAAAUCCAGACAUCGUAGGACGACAACAGGGUGCGGACAUGUAUCCAGGCAUGGGGGAUCAUCUUCGAUCGCCCUACCCACCCUCAUCUGUUCCGGGUUCCAUGGGCCAGCCACUUCCCAGUACCGCCCCUGAUAUCUACAGAAUGGCAGGACAGUCAGGCAUGAGGCAUCCAUUCAGACCCCCAGGGCCCCCAACAUCUCAAUCUAUGGUCAGGCCCGACCUGUACGCACAACCAUUGCACCCAGGAAUGGAGCCACCAAGGGAACAGUCAGCAUUACAGCAGAUGUAUGCUGCUGCCAGUAGACGUCAUGCACUUUUCCCUUUCUCUGGAAUGUUUUCCUCUAUUAAACAUCCUUAUUUGGGAUUGCAGGACAAGAAUUCCUCCGGAGAGACCAGUCAACAGGUCAGGAACAUCCUCCACAAGCAGGCCGAGUCCCGGAUGAGGCAGGGGAAGGGGUCCGAACCACCACAGCCCCCCUGGGAGAAUCAUCCACAAGCUUUUACUUCUGAGGAGAUGACCCGAUUCCCUGUGUCGAGAGGGGCGUGGCCGCCGGCUCCACCCCGAGUGCCAGGUCCCAGACAAAUCCCCCACCCCACGGACAUGGAAAACUUUGGUAUGCGUCCUCCAUACAGUGAGGGGGUACACCCUGGACAGAUGAGGCAGCCCCGCCCCCACGGCCCUAUAAUGCCAGAAAUGUACUCCCCCAAACACUCUCCACAGAUGUCCCCAGGACAGCUCCCAAGUCUCAGGCCAGGCCAGAAUCCAUUAGCUGGCCAUGAUCCUAGAUCUCAGUUCCCCAACAUGAUGGAGCACCGCUUCCCUGUCCCUGGCCAACAGGUGCCCCCCAAUCAGCAGCAGGUGCCCAACAUUUCGGGCCAACCCCAGACUUACAAGUCCUACCCCCCAGAGACUGGGGAACAGAGUAGGAUCAACCCAGGGGCCAUGGGGGAGCAGAGGAAGAUGAGUGACCAUGAUCAGAGAGAGGAGGAGAAAUCAGUGGAGACCAAGGAAGAGAAGAAAGAACUGGUGGAAGACAAACAGAUGAAUGAAGCUGACAUUGAGGAGCUUCUAAGUUCUGAUGGAACAUUUGACAUCAUCAAGUUUGUGGACACAGAUACUGAACUGAAUCUGGAUGAGAACAAGAGUAUAUUUGAUGACCUUGAUGAUGUUGAAAGUGGUUCUAUGGAUAAGGGAGACUCCAAAGAAGACAUGAAGAUGACGAAAGAGAAGAUGGACUCAGAUCUGGAUUCAUCCAAAUCAGGAGGAGGAAUUCCUGACUUUCAGUCCAAGUUUUUGGAGUUCAGUCAGAAGAAGAAUGAGGAAAGAAAGAUUGGUGCCGAGGGCAGUGGCCAGAUGAGUGAAAUGGAUAAGAAGGACCAGCAGAGCAUCAGUCAGAUCGCUGCACUGCUACAGCAGCAGAGCUCAGAGCACAUGCCUCCUACCCUGGAGAGGAGGGAUUCAGUCAAGUCUGAUAGCUCUCUGCCCGGGAAGGAGCAGCUGCCUAGAACGCCUGGUUCUGGACCUUUGACUCCAUCAGGAAAACAGCCAGGGGUGGAUCAGGGAUUCCCAGGAAUGGGAUCCAGAGGGCCAUACUCAGCAGGAAUGCACUCCCCUCUCCAUCAAAUGCAGAGUAUCCCCACCCAACCCUCACCAGGUUCCACCUACCCCCCAGGGCAAGGACCCCCUACCCCUGGCUUACCAUCACCCAAGAUCAUGCCUUCCCCCAGGAGCAACAUACCAUCCCCAAGAACUCCAAGUGUUCAGUCGCCCUUCAAUCCCAUGAACAGUCAGCAGUCUCCGUUCCCGCAGACCCAGUCUCCCUUCUCCCCAACUGUCUCUUCUGCCCCACAGUCACCAUACGCUGCCAACAAACCACAGCCAUCCUUCUCACUUCCUGUCGGCAGCACUAAUCAGCCAGGAUACUCCACAGUGGAAAGUGGAGUACCCGUUCAAAGCCCAGGUCAAAGGUCACCCAGAGGAACCAUCACUCCUACAAAUCAAUACAUGCAGGGAACCUACGGUCAGCCCAUGAUGCAAGGACCCCCUAGAGCUACAACACUGACUCCUACACCAACAAGUAUACUAUACGGAGGACAGUCUGGUAUGGCACAGCAUGGAAUGAGGAAUCCUGUACCUGCCUCUAUGAAUGGAAGUCGACCACCUUUCUCAGGAGCAUCUGCCCAUCCGAUGGGCCACAGCAUGGAGACGGCCACCUCACAGAUGCACUCGAUGGAUCCGUCUGCUGUUCCACACAUGGCUACCUCUCAGUCCUCCCACACGCCGGGAGACAUGCAGGGUCAUCCCCCCUCCAGCCAGAGCACCGCUACUAUGCCACCAUAUGGAAUGCCCGGUCAAAGGAUGCCAGGAAUAAGGCCUCCAAUGGGAAUCCCCACCUCCUCAGUUCCAUCCUCUGCCCCCGGGGCUCAGGGAGGGGGUCGGCCCCAGCUUCUACAGGACCAACCUCUGUUGAUACAAGAUCUGUUAGAACAGUAUGAAGAUGGUAGCAGGAAGAUUAAGCUGACACAAGAGAAACAGGAGCAACAGAGACAAGCCCAGCAACAAGCCAUGGGCAUGAUGCAGCGCCCACCCCCCGAGGCAAUGAUGGGACAGCCACCGAGACCAGGGAUGCCCAUGGGCCAGUAUAGACCUCGCAUGGAGGGGAUGAGGCACCCUGUGGAUCCUAACUGGAAUGUCCAGCGACCGUAUGGACAGCCGGAGAUUCCCCCAGGACAGCCUCAGUUUGUGAGGAUGCCGGGACAGCAGAUGCCUCCAAGGAUGCCUGGACCUUAUGUUGGUCAGCCACCGGGGGUUGUUGGCCCCAUGGGGAUACCCACUCCCCCACCCCCUCCUCCCCAGCCCCCUAUGACAGGGGAGUUAACUCCUGAGCUGGAGAGACAACAGCAGCAGUAUGAGGACUGGCUGAUGAAGCAUGGCAACUAUCUGGAGAUGCAGGUCAAGACCCUGGAACAACAGAUCGGCAAGUGCAAGCGCACCAAGAAAGCCAUCAAUGCAAGGAAUAGGCAGGCAAAGAAAACGGGUAGAGAGCCAUCAGCAAACGAUGCGACAGAGCUGGAGAGAGUGACACAGGAGCAGGCUGGUCUCCAGAAACAGCUGGAAAGCUACCGCAAACAGGUCAAGCAGCACCAGAUGCAGACCCAGGACUACCGCACCAAGAAACGGGAGCGCUAUGGACAGGAUUGGGCCUUCAGCCAGAUGCCCCCAGUAACAGGCCCUGCCAUUAUGAAUGUUCCGCCCGGGGGGUUACAACCCCGAAUCCCCGGUCAGCAGGGCUCGGCGAGACUGACUGCCUCGGCCAGACAAGCUUAUGAUGAGUACAUGCAGGACAGGUUAAGGCAGAACCAGCAGAUCCCCGGGGCAGUGGGUGGGCCGCGUCCCAAACACACAGUGGUAGAAGAUAACAAGACUAAAGUGGCAGGGCCCAAAGCCAUACUACAGGAUAACAACCCAUUCAGUGAGGAAUACCAGGAAAGAGAGCAAAGAGAAAGAGUUGGCUGUCUGCCAAAGCCUGGGCCUGAACCUGUAGAAAAACCAGAGAUGAUCAGACAGAUGCCACCGUACUUUGACCCCAGAACCAUGCCCUAUGAUCAGACAGGGAGGUUCCCGGCCCCUAGGAUGCCAGGCCCAGCGGAACCCAUGCAGCGGUUUCCAGGUCCUGGGCAACACAUGCCUUUUGAUCCAUCAGCGGCUAGGAUGCCUGGCCCCCAGGACUCUACCCCCAGACACCAGUUCCCCCCAAGGAUGUACACUCCCAUGAACCAAGGACAAGUGGAGGGGGCACCUGUUGGACCACACCCACAAAUGCCCUACCAACCAGGUUUUUCGACACCUGCGUCUGACAUGAGUACGAACGUGGAAUCGGGCGAGAAAAAGUCAAAGAAACGUAAAAAGAAGAAGAAAGCUGCAGAAAGUCCAGCUGCUACAACGGUAGGUACUGCCGAGCCAAGGCCACCCGUCCAGUUUACUCCUCAGUCUGAAACCGAGAAACGCAUCAUGGAAAUUCUAAACAAUUCAGCGGGACUGGCAGCCCGAUCUCAACACGAAGCUGUGGACAGGUCCCCAGGGAAGGCAAAGGCUGGGGACACCCAGGGACCCCCUGCCACAGAGCAGAAACCUGAGGGCAGGAAACCAGAGGAGGGUGAGGGUGCUCAGAGGGUGACCACUGUAAGUGUGCCCGGCCCCAGCACUCAGCCCACCUACACCACUGCUGUCUCUCAGCCAGCAUAUCAGAGUGAGAGCAAUGACCCUGACGAUCAGCAGGAGGAGCACAUUCUGCCAAUGAAUGUGAUGAUUCAUCAGAGCAUUCCUCAGAGUGCAGCUAUUGCCUGUUCUGUACCCCCGGUCCAAGUGUCCCAAAGUCAGCAGAUGGAGGCAGCUCGGAUCCAAGAAUCGGAGUCAACGCCUCAGACAGCUGCAAAGUCAGUAGAAGGAAGUGUUCAGUCUGAUCAAGGGCAUACUCAAAAGAGACCACCGAACAGUGGGAGCGCAGAGGCACAGCCUGUGUCUUCAGUGAACAGCAAUGUGAACACUGUGCAGGAACCAGAAACUGUCAGCACAAAUGUGCAGCAUUUACCUCCCCACUCCUACCCAAUGACCUCCCUCCCUGGUCACCCCCUUCCUCCUCCCAACACCCAGGAAAGAAUGUCUCCCAGGGGCAUGGUUCCUCCAGCUUAUAUGGGUGCUUAUGGCCAUUUUCAGGGCAGGAUGUCACCACGACAGGCACACUAUGGUGGUGCCCCUCCAACAUUAAUGCCUGUAUCACAGAACCAGUCACCAAGGCAGUCUACCACCCCCUCCCCUGGAAGAUACUCACCCAGACAGGCUAGUCCCUCCUACACGGGGGGUCCAUCCCCUGGGCGUUACUCACCCCGACAAGGUUCUCCUGGAGUAUCUAGGCCUCCCUCGAGACCACCUUCCCAGCCUGGGUCAGGAUAUGCAGCCCCCAGGCAAGGCCCCACCCCACCAAUAACUGGCUAUCCGAGCUCCACCCCUCCUGCCUCGCCAAAUGUCACUUACUCUCCAGUUACAACUUUCAGUGCUGUGUCAGUAGAUAAUUCAACAAGAGUGGAAACUUCUGUAGCUCAUACAACAAUUAACUCGAGGCCUAAUGUUUCUACAAGUACUGUUCAGUCCGUUUCCCAAAACCCACCCACAGACUCUGUAGCCCCUCCCCCAGCUACGGAAUCUGCGAGUGCACCAGUAGUGGAACAGUCAAAUGUGAAACUGCAAGAUACCAAUACUAGUGUUAAUGUUAGUCAAACAAUUCAAGCUUCUAGUGCAAGUUCUGUGUCCACCUCAGAGACAGUGACCACUGCCUCAGAACAGUCACAGGAAGUCCCCAGCAGUAAAGAUGCCGACCAGUAGACUAGUCGCUGACCAGUAGACUACCUGUAGUCACUGACCAGUAGACAAGUCACUGGCUGUUGUUAAGUGUAUAUAUGAUUUAUGAAAGAUACUUUAUGCAUAGUUUUUUUGAUUUAUUUUAAUAUUAUAUCUGCAAAUAAUAAAUGGUAUGUGAUCUG